GUUAUGUACAUAUUUUUUGUGGUUAUGUAAUUAAAAGUGUCUCAAAUCAUUCUUUACAAGCUACAAACUCCCCAACGCACGAAAACACAUCUCUAAACAUAAUAAUCAGCAUUUUUGGGGUUAUGUAACAGCUACAAAAUGUCUCAAAACUUGCGCCGGGAAGCCCUAAAAGCGUUCAAGUCGCUCCACAGGGCACGACAGCACGUGUUUGAAGGUGACAACAACGCUCUAACCCAAGCACGGGCCAAAAUAAACGAAGAAUACAAAAAGUGCACACAAGUGUCCGACCCUCAAGCUAUUCAAGAAUUGAUCGCUUAUUCGAAAGCCAUCGAGAACGAAUUGAAGCUGACUGUGAUUCAAGCGAGGGAAAUUCAGCCGGGUCAGUACGAGGUUAACUUAAGGGACGACGUUGUGAGGUUGGACAAUGUUCCGUUUAAAGACUGUAAAUAGUAAAUAUAAUAGUUAAUAAAUUCGCGUAUUUUAGCUUCAGAUCUGAAACAUUUAUUAUCAACUUUAUUAAUCUUCAACACAUA